CAAAAGGCCAAGGGCCCGAAACGCAAUUGCUCCUGUCCUUUUGAAUCCUUCUGCUUCUUGGCUCUUACACGCGUGCGCUUCUGGUCAGUAUCCCAGUUCGCCUACGACACUGCCGUGUGAUGAACUGAGGUGGAAGUCGUCGAAUGACACUAACUGAGCAGCAACAAACAUGAGCUACGCGACGCGCCUGGUCCGGCGGGAUCCCGAACAUGUUGACCAUCCCAUAGGAUUGGGAUGGCUGCUUGCUAUUGCUCUUUGCGGUGGCAUCCUGUUUUUCACAACGGUUGGCUUGCUUCUUGUCUGGUGGGUGAAGAAGAGUCGUGGUCCUGGACCGCAGAUGGUUUAUUCAUUCGCGGCUCAAAACUAUGGGCUACCACCGUCGUCUUCGCGAUUGACCAAGCGACGACUUCUGGGUUCUGAAUCUUUCUGCAAGCUAUCCAGUCGAAUUUCCAGCCGGUUUUCAUUCGUUGGACCAAAUGAUGAACCGCCGCCAUUACCGACACAUGAGAGCUUUCCGAUGCCUGAGAGGCGAAGGACCGUUUCGAGGGGGAGGAAGAGAUCGAGGAGUUGGGUGGACGAGGACGAUAUGCACGGACCCAGGAUGGCGAGGAACAAGAGGAACGCGCGAGAGUCGUGGUUUGGGGGAGAUGGCCGAUUUACCAUGGCGCCAACACUUCCCAACGUUGCUGCGGUUCCGGAGGAAGUGGAAAUGCAAGCUGAAGUGCCUCUGCAUCAUCCUCAGCCGAGAUGGUUGCCACGCAGCCAGACCGAGCCGAGAAUGGUUCCAAUGUCAAACUCGUCAAUGCAUUCUAAUGGCGUACCAACAGGAGUUGGGUCGUCUGGGCCACCGAGAAUAUCUGUUCCUCAGCCAGCACACGUAAGGCCUUCAGUAACGGACUCAGAUCUCAAGGGUAUCUUGCGAUCGACUGAGCGAAGGCUCUCUGAGAAGAAAUCACAGUCUCCCAUUAAGGGAUCCAGAUCAUCUGGUGUAAAUGGAUCACCUACAAAGACGAUUCACAGCCAUAACAGCCAACGCACCACAGCAUCUGGAAGAUCGAGCGGCAGCCUUCGCGUGUCGGGAAGUCCGCCUAAGAAAGGCUCAUCUCAGAAAAUAAGCGGCAAUAACUCUACCAGCAGUGUUGGCAGUGCUGCGAAUAGUCUGAUUGCGGCAGCGACACAAGAACUCAAACUUCCAGGGGCUUGUUCAAGCCCCAGCAAGGUCAGAGGCGCUCGAAGAGAGCAGCAGCAGCAGGACCGGCGGAUAGAGACAACUGGAAGCUCUGACAGAACUCGAAACACAACUGAUCAGUCACAAAGUCUGCAAAGACACAGCCCUCCACGAAACAGUCAACAGAGACAGAACACCCAUAUAGCGAUGAUGAUGAUUCCUCAGAUGCAGACCGCUCAAAUGCAAUUCCCCCAUCUGCAAUAUCCGCAAUUGCCUCCCCCGCAAGUACAACAUCACUCGAUGCCACCACCACAGCAACGCCCCCCGCAAAGAAACCCCGAGCAUCGUAUGUCCUUUGACAGCGACAAAUCGAGUUCGCUUUCCACUCUUUACAGCACAAACGAGCCAGAAGAAGAGAGACCCAGGCAAAGACAGGUGGAUGACCCCUUUGUGGAAAAGGGGGGGCCAAGGAGGUGGCCAAGCUGGCAAGCACGGCAGCGCCCUGCAAAUGUCGAGUUACAGAGACGAGUAAAGACGCUCAGCUCACCGUUAUUGACAAGAUUCAUAGCGGGCGAGCCUUCGUGCCCGCCGCCAUUGAGGCCUCUCUCAGCGAUGUCACCGCCCGAUAUAGGUUACGGGGGCUUGAUGUCUCCCCUGCUGCUCGAACCACAAUCGACAGAAUACGAAACAAAUGCCGGUGCCAACGGAUCUGAUUUUUCACAGAUUCCGUAUCUUCCUCAGGCUCCCUCAGAAAUUAGCUUCGUCUCGAUGUCUGUUGAUUCUGAUGUGACCGAGGUUCCUGCGAACGAGACGGCCAGAGUCGACUGGAUUGACAGCAGCGACUCGGCGUCAUCUAGCCCCACGACACCAACGGGAAGAUCAAAGUUCUCCGAAAUGUCAUCGUCGUCAUCACCCUACGACGAGCGAGAGAUUAUGUCCCUCUUGAUGGCCACGGCACCGUCUCAGCGAUCCUUGCCGCUGCCUCCGCCUAGCAUCACAGGUCCAGAUGGCAGCAUCGUCACAAUUCUUUCGCCAGCGCCACGAGGAGGUUUGAUGAGACAAGCGUCGACCGCAAGCUCUACUUACACUUUGGAGUCUUUCAUUGCUGAUCACCAAGCUGGUACGCUAACGGCUUCGCCUUCUCAUCGAUCUAUCCACGGCCCUCGACUCAGCAGCACCAUCGCUGAACUGCGUCGCAUGAAUAGCGUAUUGACAUCGCUCAGCAGCAGCGGCAGCGGCGCGUUGGCGAAAUCACGGUCCAUCCGCUUCAGCACCGCAAACAUCGGCAGCAAACACUAUCUCAACGUCGGAAACACAAAGUCCAUGGUCACCUCCCGAUAUAGCACACGGGGAGCACGGCACCGCCGCUCAGAAACUUGCCAUUACGGCAAAGAUUUCCAAGGGCUGGGACUGCGGUUGUCCUGUAUCUUGGACGAAGCGCUUGAUUCCGAGCCGCAGAUGCAGAUGCAGCGGCAGACGCAGAGCCUCAACCUCAGUUAUAAUAAGCCUAGUGUCGAGAUCAUUGAAGGCAUCUCGCCGAAGAUGCUGAAGCAGAAAAUCAGCCCCGUGGAGGAGCUUAUUGAGGCGGAGCCGCAACUGGAUCUGCGUCGAACGAGUAUAGAGAGCUUGGGGCUCUAUGACAAUGAUGGGUUUUUGCUCAGCUCGCCCGAAAGAGACGCGAAGAAGAAACGCUUGAGGGCGUGAACGAGUGAUGUUGAAGAUGUAAUAUUUGGCUUUUCUUUACCUCUGUUCGGAAGACACGAUGGUGAGGGAUACUAAUGUAAUUGUGUGCAACAAAUCUUUUUGGUUUCUAUGUUGAAUAAUAAGGGACAAGGAGUUUUUGAGUAGAUAUAUGUAUAUUAGUUGGUAGCGGCCUAUGGCACCUUUA